AUUUUGGUAAACACCUUAUUUCUUUCUGGUACAUAAACGUACUUAGAGACACGUUAGAGACACUGACGUCAUCUGAAGAGCGGAAUUAGCCGCCCCUCUGUGGGUCGGAUGGACUUCUCCGAGUGCUACGGCGACACCGUCUCCAGCGUGGCCGCUGCAGCGCGCCGCGGCUGCCGGAAGCGGCUGAGGAGGCUGAUCGAGAGAGGCCUCGGCGUGGAGGGGCGGGACAACCGCGGCUGGACCGCUCUGCACGAGGCGGCGGCCGCCGGCAGCGAGGGCUGCGUGCAGGAGAUCGUGUCUGCUGCGGGCGCAGGCUCCUCCCCCAGCCGCGGCGCCUUCGUGAACUCCUUGACCCACGAGGGGGAGUCGGCAUGUUACCUGGCCGCCCAGCGGGGUCACCUGGCGGCGGUCCGCCUCCUCCUGCGAGCGCACGCCGACAUCGACCAGCUGACCAACGACUCGUCCUGUCCUCUGUACGCAGCGGUGGGCGGCGGGCACCGGGAGGUCGUGGAGCUGCUGGUGGGCGAAGGUGCCGAGGUGGACCGGACACACACCGCCUCCUGCUGGACCUGCCUUCACCAGGCGGUGCACAAGGGUCACAAGGAAAUCGUCCGCAUUCUGGUGGGCGUGUGCAACCUGGAGGCUGUGGACGACCACGAGAUCUCCCCUCUGUUCGUGGCGGCGCAGUACGGACGACGGGAGUGCCUGGAGAUCCUCGUUAACGCCGGCGCCGACGUGAGCACCCGGGCGGCCGACCUGGCCACGCCGCUGCUCAUCGCCUCUCAGGAGGGCCACGGGGCCUGUGUGGACUUCCUGUUGGAGCGCGGGGCGGAUCCCGACGCGGCCUGCAGCCUCGAGUGGCCUCAGCUUCCCAUUCACGCCGCCGCCGAGUUCGGCCACAUCGGUGUCCUCAGGAGGCUGAUCGCCGUCACGGAUCGCGUGUGCGACCGCGGCACCGGCGCCGUGAGUCCGCUGUACGCCGCCGUCCACCGCCGCCAGAGCCGCAGCGUGGAGCUGCUCCUGAGGGAAGGUUACAGCGCGGACGCCCAGGACUGCUCGCUGCUCCUGGGCGUCCGGUCGCCGCUCUCCUUGGCCUUGUCCACCGACGCGUGCAGGGAAGCGGUGGGGCUGCUGGUGGCUGCCGGCGCCCGCCUGAGCGAGGAGGACUGGAUGAACGCCGUGGCCACGGACACAACGGACCUGCUGCAGCUGAUCCUGGAGCGCAGACGGAUCCCCCGGCGGGAGGCUGCGACGGGUCCCGUACCGAGCCGCCACGGGGAAACCUUCUUGAAGCCGCGGGAGCUCAGGGGGCUGCUCUGCGUGGCACUGAGCCAAGUGCACUCCGCGGCCCGCUGGCUUCCUGUGCUUCUGAAGGCCGGACUGGACCCUCCUCUGCUGCUUCAGCCCCACAUGAUGCAGCAGGCGGACGGCGAGGUGUUGAAUUACCUGCUGGAGUUUGUCAACUGGUCCAAUCUGUCUCCCCCUUUGAGGCGGAUUCUGGAUCGAAGACGGGCGGAGAAGACGUGGGAACCCGGUCCACAUCUCGACUCCAUCCCCCCUCUCUCCCACCUCUGCCGGCUGCAGGUGAGGUCGGUGCUGGGCCCAGAUCUGCUGAUGAGGACCGACGUGGUGCAGCGGCUCCCCGUUCCCACGCCACUUCACGUCUUCCUCCAGUUCGGAGACAUCCCAGAAGCUUCCUGCACACACUCACCGCCGUCGUCACCGCUUCCAGAUCGAAUGCAGCGAUACCACCGCACACACCUACACAGACACGUCCUAUAACCCCUCUGCUCCUUUAAUCAUCUUAUUUCACACCGUAUAUUUACUGUAUCAGCUCGCUACCGCUUCUCAUGACAGCUCAAUGUGUGGACUGUAUUUAUACCUGUGUUUUUUUAUGGCUGCACUGGAACUAAUAAAAGUACUAUUGUUAUUAUUC